CAAUAGCCUGCAUUGUUCAAGUUUACCAAGCAGCAACUUUGUAAUUCCCAAUUUAAGAAGACUGAUGUGAAAUAUUUGUGUCAACUCAGUGCCUUUCAUUUUAACCGGCACGCGUUGACUGCAGCACUAGCCUUUCACUUCAGUCUAUCAAGAGGAUUCAGGGGAAACUGUAAACUCCUCAACGCUGAACCGAGGGCAGCUAACGCUAUACGUUAUAUGACCGGUGCUGCUGCUUGGAGGGAUCUGCUUUGCACCGUGGCUGGCGAUGGCUGAUGCGGAGCCUCCUCAGUUUGGGUCCCUGGAGGAGGAGCUAGAGUACUGGAGGCAGCAGGCAGACAAGCACCGCCAGAGUGCGGUGGAGGCCCAGGAGGAGCUGCAGGAGUUCCAGCAAAUGAGUCGAGACUAUGAGGUGGAGCUGGAGACAGAGCUGAAGCAGUGUGAGACGCGAAACCGGGAGUUGCUUGCCGCAAACAACCGCCUUCGCAUGGAACUGGAAAAUUACAAGGAGAAGUUUGAGACUCAGCACUCAGAAGCCUACCGUCAGAUCUCCACCUUGGAGGGCGACCUGGCUGAGACCACGGCCAUCAGAGACCAGCUUCACAAAUACAUUAGAGAACUGGAGCAGGCCAACGAUGACCUGGAGAGGGCCAAGAGGGCGACCAUCAUGUCGUUGGAGGACUUUGAGCAAAGGAUGAACCAGGUCAUAGAGAGGAAUGCCUUCCUGGAGAGCGAGCUGGAUGAGAAGGAAAGCCUUCUGGUUUCGGUCCAGAGACUGAAGGACGAGGCCAGAGACCUGAGACAGGAGCUGGCAGUGCAGCAGAAACAGGAGAGGAAGCCUUCCUUCAGCAGUGCAUCCAAAGACCCCACCUUUGAUGCUCCACCCACCCCACAACUCAACCCUGGUGACAACAAGACAGAGGACAAAACCACACCUUCCUCAAGCUCAUCCACUAAUCAGCCCCUCCACUUAGCUGCCCCCUCCACUCCCUCCACACCUUCCGUCCCAGCUGACUCCUUCACCACCCCAACACCAUCCAUCAGCAGAGGUGACAGCCUGUCUGGGACUCCCCUCACUACAUCAGCCCGAAUCUCAGCCCUGAACAUUGUCGGGGAGCUGCUCAGGAAAGUCGGGAACCUGGAGUCCAAGCUGGCGUCGUGUCGGGAGUACGUCCAUGAGCAGACAGUGAACCGAACCAGCCUGGUUGGAGGACAGGGGGCGCCAGCUGGACAGAGCAAUGUCUCAGAGAGCAGCUCCACCAACGGCCUCUACAACAAAGGGCUUGUCAAGAGGUUAGAGUUUGGACCAGGACCCAAGCUGCUACUGUGAAAAUGUAUCCACCCUCCAUCCACCACCUUUUGCUUCGUCCUUCUCCCACCUGUGCAGUCCCACCUGCACCUCCAGCCAAGGCAGCCCACAACACUGUGAUGGGAUGGUGGUGUGUCACAGCCUUCAGUGAGCUUUAUUGCUUUAUUAGCGUAUCAUACAGACUGUCUCAAACCUCCACCUCCCCAGCCCCUCAUGAAAUGGGUCACUCCAAAAACAAUAUGCAGCGCAGCUGUGGAUGAGUGCUUUUCCAUGGAUACUUCAGGGGACUUGACCAGCACAGUUUGUUUGUAAAUUUAUUUUUUUAAAGGACUUGUUCAUUUUGGCACUCGCACUUAGUUUGAAGUAAUUUAUCUGCCUUGUGUUGCCACAUAUCUUGGGCCAAUGCAUUGCGUCCUUUGUUUUGGUGUGUCAUUUACAUUGUGUGCAUUUUGUUGAGCUGAGCAGAGCAAUUGGUUGAUUUCCUUUAUCUACACAGUGACAUCAAGGGAAAAUGUUCUUGAAAGUGUUUUAAAUCCCUUGUCAAACUGGCUAACAACAUGGCUUUACCUGUUGUCCUAAACAUACAUUGUCAACUUAUGUUUUAGUAGCACAGAAUGUGGAAGUGGACAGAAGACAGAGAAUAGAAAAGAAUAUCAUGCCUGAGACCAAGACCUGUGCAGAGCGUUGCUGUUGCAACAUUUGAAUUCCUGCUGAUUUAUGCAUGCCAACACAGCAACAAAAGUGCUACUACAUACAAGAAAUGUGAAUACAAAUAUCAGUAUACUUUGGGUAAAUUCCCACUUAAGCACAACUUGUAGUCCUGAUGUUUACAAUUCAAGCUUUCAUUAUUAUAAAAGCUCUUUAACCAGCUCAAUAAUGGAUGAGGUAUCAAACCUAAAACCACAUCUGAAAGUAUCAGAUUUAUGAAAAAAAAUGCAGCAGAGGGGCUGAAGUGUGCCAUCCAAUCAUGUUACGGUUAUUCUGGGACUGAGACUAAGACUGAUGUCAGGCCUUAUUAGGCUAUAGCUAUGACAGUGUACCCUCAACACCGAAGUACAUUACAAACGGUAGCAUUUUACAGGUGAGAAAUUGAUUUGCAUUUUCUAAAAAGGGUGUUGGGUUUCUUGAAUAGGAGAACUUGGAAUGUUAAAGUCAUUUCCAUUUCCAGUAACUAUAGCUGAAUGGCGACAGCAUUUUGCUCAGCUGAGGGAAUGGAUCAAAUGAGUAGUCGCUAUCAAUGGACUGCUUCUUUUUAAUACUGUAUCUGAACCUUUGGUAUCACUUUCUCCCUGACAUGCACAGGUGCCAGCUGCUUGGCACUGGUACUUUGUCAAUAAAGAAAAUACUGAGGUAAAAGGGAUAGUUCACCCAGUUUGAAAAAUGUGGUAUUAUUUCACUGACCUUAAUGUUGACCAUUUGAAAAUAAAUAAGUAAGUAAAUAAAUACAUCAUCAAGGGUAGAAUGACUUCUCUUGUGCAGUCUAAGAUCUGUGCUGGUGGAACAUCCAGCCAGUAUGCAACAUUCAGUAAUGUGGCGUGGAGUAAAAUGAUUUUUUUCCCCAAGAGGUGAACUAUCCCUUUAAUAUGAAAAGACUACUGAGUUUUAGGGUUAGUUAUUCAGAUUGUAGGAAUUCACUGAAGGCUGUCAUGAGACAGCAAGUAGUUGGAUAGUCAGAGAGGAUUCCUUUGACAGAGAAUAUUUGAAUUUUAAGCAAUAAUGUAAAUCUUUACUAAAAAUGACAUAGGAUGUCUUAAAUGGCAACAGUUUUUAUACUUUGGCGGGUUUUAUAUUUUCUAAGCAAAACCAUGGUUUGUACGACUUUGUCGACAUUUUUGUGGAUUGAGGUCACUGUGCAGUCCUGUUGCGCAUAGCUGCUCUUGACCUCUGUACCACAGUGUCAUGCAAAAUUGUCUCAAAUUGUGGUAGAAGUAUGUAAAUAUAGCUCUUUAAAAUUCUACAGGGAAGUUACUGGAGAACUAUGACUGUGUUCCUGCAAUAAGAGCCCUCUGUAUAGCUCACAGCAACCAGGAUGGUUAUGAUGAUGAUGAUAAUGGUGCAGGUGGUCUUAUCUACCUGGCUCUUGUCAAGUUGAUGCUCUCAGGUGCCUUCACUUUUACUGAGUGAUAACAAAACUGGUAGAAAGAUGUGUUAAUGAAAGUGACAGCUUUACUCCAGAUAAACAUUGUGUUCUGCCUGCAGUUUUGUGCCUUAGAGCCUUUUUAAACAUUGUGCUACCUAACAGUUUGUCUUUUCAAGUUGCAAGUGUCGCUCAGUCAGGAGGGAGGGAAAGGCGUCACCGCGGCCUCUGCUGGUUGCUUUCAGAGAAUGCUCUCCAGCAGUCAAUUCAAAACUGUAAUGCAAAGUAAAUGAACUUGCCAGUGAUUUGAGUUUUUCCACUAAAUGGCAUCAUAAUAGACCUUUUUCACCAAAGCCGUUUUGACAUGAAAAACAGGGAUAAUCACAAGUGUUACUAAUGACAUUACUCUGACUUCUUUUCCAUUUAGGUUUUGCAGAUUCUAGUUCUUUUUCAAAGAACUAGAAUUCACAAUACCAGGAUCUUGGCUCAGUCUGACCUUGUAACAACACAUUAUAUAAUAAUGCCAGAUUUCGUAAUAACCUUCCAAAAGUAAUCCAUUUUUCUUCAUUCAGUAAGAACAACUGCAUUUUUCAAAAUAUGUAAUAGGCAGAAGGUUUUAAAUCACAAUGUGGCAUUAUUGCACAAUGCAGUAAUGCCACAUUGCAAUGGAGCAGAACCUUCACUAAUGACAUUAGAAACACCUGUGUGUACUAGAGUAUGGAUACCCAACCUGAGCCCAUUGGGACCCCUCAGGUCGGGCUGGAUUCAGACAAAAACUUGUCAGGUCGGCAGUAUUUUAGUGAAAAAUGACAGGCCCACUGACUGUUUUGGGCAACUUCCUGUACAGUGCUAGAAUUUACGUGAUAACACUAAAGGCAACACGUAGGCUAUUUCAGGUGGUAAAUGUAACCGAGCGAAGGACAAGCUAAAUCUGGGGCUUGGGUCGGCUUUGGGGAAAAAAACAAAACAACAACAACAACAACAACAAAAACAAAAAAAAACAUGCUUGUUGGUUUCGGGUUGGGCUCAGUUACUAUGCUCCCGUCUCAGGUCGUGUUUGGACAAAAAUAUGCAGCCCGAUCCGCACUCUAGUGUGUACCUUGCUAUUUCAUGUCAAAAUGGCUGCUGUGAAAAGUGUCGAUUACAUGCUUUUGGGUUUUUGCUUUAUUGCACUGAUGCUAUGAAUGAAGCAGAAAAAUAACAGUGAGCGCAGCCAGCAGGGGCCUGAGUCACUGUCCCACUCACAAGGUUUAGCCUAUAGGGCCAGCAUCAUCUCUGUAGAACUGAAGUGGCCCAACACAAACUGGACAAUAGAUUUUCAACCCAUUUUCUCCCAUUUAGUCACAUACACCCUCGGCUUUAGAAUGCCCAAAGAUUUUGAAUCACUGAAGUGCUUCCAUGGCAGCAUGAGUGUAGGAGGCUGCUUCAGAUCUCCACUUGUGCUGUACUGGUGUUAAACUGUAUUCUCCUCAUGUUAAUGAGGGUGUAUGAAGACUUCAGUUAGGGCUGCUUUGAUUUUAUGUUUAACGGGGGAAAAAAUUAUUUGGCAGGUUCUCUUGUAGUAGGGCUGUUCUCUAUGGAAGCAUAAUGCAUAAUAAUAAGCAUAAAAAAAAAUCUGCCCUGAAUUGAUGAGAUAAUUAACUCAGAAUUCUUUUAACACUUUUUUGUAAAAAGCUGCCUUUUUUUCUGAAUUAAUGACAAUUACCUCAGAAUUCUGAGUAAACUUCAUGACAAAAAACUCUGAAUGAGAUAAUUAUUUUAGAAUUGUGAGAAGUUUUAAUUUUUCUUCUGUGUUACUGCUUUGUUAGCAAUAUCAUACCGACUGUCUCAAACCUCCACCUCUGUCUCAGUCUCAUGAAAUGGAUCACUCCAAAAAUAAUCUGCACAGCUGUGGCUGAGUGCCUUUAUUUGGAUACUUCAGGGAAAUUAAUGAGGAAAAUGGAUGGGAAAAAAUGCAGUGAAUUAAGGGGAUAAUUGGAAUUCUGAGAACAUUUCAUGAGAAAAAAAAAAGUUUUUCUGAAUUACUGAGAUACAUUUUUCAGAGUUCUGAGUUAAUUAUAUCAUUAAAUCAGAGAAAGAAGACUGAUAUAUAUAUUUUUUUUACUUAUUAAAACUUUCCCCAGAAUGUAGAGAGAAUUAUCACAUUAAUUCAGAAAGUGAUUGCAUAGUACUUGUGUACUUCCAUACAGGGUCACUAACAAAUAAAUCGCCUGUGUACAGGUGGUGGGUAGUGGUGGAACUGAUUGAGUCUCUUGAAGGACUGGCUUGUUAGAGUUGCUCAGGGUUAGAAUAAAGCACUGUGAGCACACUGGCACAUUCCAGAAAAGGUCAAAGUGUCAGUGUGUGGACGUCUGUCAGUGUCUGACAUGCGUUCCAGUUGCAAUGAAAUGCGUCCUUUCCUAUGCCCUGUGUCGUAUCCUUGACUCCUUCUAUCCUUGAAACCUCCCAGAAGAAAUGAGAAGGAACCAACAAAGGAGACAAACUGUUUUCAACCAAAUGGAACAUUCUUGGUCUGAGCCUUUAGGCCAGCGAGGAGUUCACCUCCCAGCUGUUUUGUCAACAUGAAUGCAUUAAAAUGUGACACCAG